AUGAAUACGAAGGUUCUUUUAAACUUAAAAUCUUCGAUAGUUAACUUGUGUAUGAAAAACUACUUACAUAAUAAUGUAGCCAGCGUUACAAAAAUACACAGAGACCUUUACACAAGAAUGUAUCCUACUAAAGUUGUUUUACCUGAUGGAGCUUCAAUUAAUAUAAGAUACCACGAACCCAGGAAAAUUAUAAAGCUUCCCAUAGAUUUGUCCAAAUUAUCUGAAGAUGAGAGAAAAUUAAGGUUGGAAAAGAGAAAGCCAAAGAGGAAAGUCAAAAUAGUUGAUGAUAUUCAAGAUGACUACAAUGCUAAGAAAUAUUUAAAAUAUAUCAAGAAAAAGUGA